AUGGUCGUCAUCUGCCGCAGGGCAGGCCUCAAAAGCCAUAACGAUCAUCCCAUUUCCAUCACUCGCCAGCUUAUCGAGUCGCGCUUCCCUGGCUACCAGUACCACAAUGACCUCUUCCCCGUUGUGAGCGUACACCAGAACUUUGACUCCCUUGGCUUUCCCGCCGACCACCCUGGCCGCAACCGCAGUGAUACCUAUUACAUCAACAAAGAAACCGUCCUGCGCACCCACACGUCGGCACACCAAGCCGACACCUUCCGCGCUAACACCUCUCCUGGUUAUCUCAUCUCUGCCGACGUGUACCGCCGCGAUGCUGUUGAUCGGAGCCAUUACCCCGUGUUCCACCAGAUGGAGGGUGCCAUGACCUGGGACAAGAACCAACUCGACGGGUACGCUUCUCUCGCUGACCGCAUCUGGGCAGACGUUGAGAAGCUCCCCAAGCACGACAUCAAGGUCGAAGAUCCCAACCCUACUACUCACCCAGAGCGUAACCCUCUCCAACCCGGACAUGACGCCGCUGCCGUCGACGCCGUCGCCACGCAUCUGAAGCGUAGCCUCGAGAAUGUCGUCGUUGAAAUCUUCGCUCAGGCCCGUAAAGCUGCCGCUGCGGCAGCCUCGUCCCCCACCGUCGCUGCUGAACUCUCUGCUGAAGCCGAAGAGCCCCUCCGCGUGCGUUGGGUGGAAGCAUACUUCCCUUUCACCUCUCCGUCCUGGGAGCUCGAGGUCUUCUGGCAAGGUGAUUGGCUUGAGGUCCUCGGAUGCGGCGUGGUUCAGCAAGCCAUCCUCAACAACGCUGGCGUGCCGGAUCGCAUCGGCUGGGCUUUUGGUAUUGGCAUCGAGCGUAUCGCCAUGCUGCUCUACUCUAUUCCAGACAUUCGUCUAUUCUGGAGCAAGGACCCUCGCUUCCUCAACCAGUUCAAGCGCCCCUCUGAAGGUGCGAUCGACAGCGCGACUGGCCUGAGGGACUGGGGCAUCAGCCGUUUCCAGCCCUUCUCGAAGUACCCGGCCACGCCUAGAGACGUGGCGUUUUGGCUGCCUGGCAAGGUGACGCCGAAGAAAGAAUCGGCGCCCAGCUCUGCGGGAGGCCUUACCACGCCGCAGCAGGAUGAAGCGCCAGCGAUGCACGAGAACGAUGUGAUGGAGGUCGUGCGCGAGAUUGCGGGCGAUGUGGUCGAGGACGUGAGGCUAAUCGACGAGUUCGUACACCCAAAGAAGAUGCGCAAGAGCUGGUGCUACCGCAUCGUCUACAGGAGCUUGGAACGCACGCUUACGGGCGAGGAGGCGAACCAGUUGCAUGAGCAGGUGAGACGUCGGCUGGUAGAGAAGUUCGAUGUGGAGCUGAGGUAA